AUGGUAGUAGAUUAUAAAAAAUUAAAUAAUAUUACUAUUAAGGAUAAUCAUCCAUUACCCAAUAUGGAGCGAGCAAUACAAUUAUUAGGUGGUGGUUAUAAAUAUUUUUCCAAACUUGAUAUGAAGAGUGGAUUUUGUCAAAUUCCAAUUAAAGAACAAGCCAAAUUUAAAACUGCAUUUAUUACUCCAGAUAGUCUUUUCGAAUGGAAUGUGCUGGCUCAAGGUCUCAAGAAUAGCCCACUAUCUUUUCAACGAGUAAUGACUGAUAUAUUAUCUACAUGUCGGCAGUUCUCGUUGGUUUAUAUUGAUGAUAUCGUGGUGUAUUCUCAUUCAUUUGAAGAACAUCUCAAUCAUCUUACACAAGUAUUAUCUGCUUUAUCCAAACAUAAUUUUCAACUUAACCCGGUUAAAUAUAGUAUUUUUCAUCAACAAAUCGAUUAUUUAUCUCAUACGAUAUCUGAACAUGCAAAUAAAUUUCUUGGUGCUCUUUCGUGGUAUCUUAAAUUUAUACUCAAAUCUGCAACAAUUGCUGCACCUAUUCAUGCUGUAACAAACUUAACAAAAACAAAUAGACACAAAUUCGAAUGGGAUGCUUCUCAAUCUCAAGUGUUUUCACAAUUGAAACAAUUAUUAAUUACUUCUCCAUUAUUUCUUGAUUUUUCAGAUGAUAAUUAUUCUGUUAUAUUAACAAUGGAUGCAUCAGAAAUUGGUAUUGGUGGUACAUUACAACAAAAUAUUAAUGAUGAAAUAAAAAAUUUAUAUUAUCAUUCUCAAAUUACAUCUUCUACUCAACGACGAUAUGAUUCUAUUGAAUUAAAAGCAUUAGCCAUAUGGUUAUGUUUUCGACGAAUGCGAUCUUAUCUACUUGGUAAAUCUAUUAUAAUUUAUACUGAUCAUUGUCCUUUAUGUCAACAUAAUUGUUUAGCUGAUUAUUUAUCUCGUCAUCCAAUACAAAAUGAUGAAGGAAUAUUUGAUGAGGAUUAUAGCAUAAGCAUGUUAUUUCAGGGGGAACCACUGGAGAUGGUGUAUGCUCCUGUCAAUCAUCCUCAAGUUGUUGGUGCUGUUGUUACAGGUUCAAAAAUGAAGCAAAUAAAACAACAACAAAAUGAAAAUGGCAAAAUUACACCACCCACUGUAAAUGAUAUAUCAUCAUCGUCAAGUGAAGACAAAAUUGAACAUUCAAAUAAAUCUCCAUCACACUUAAUUACGCCUAACAAUUUUGAUAUAGCUCAGAUUAAACUUGAACAGUCAAAAGAUUCAAAUAUUCAGAAGAAGAUUAAAGAAGUUAUACAAGAUCUAACAAAACAUCCUUAUGUAGUUACAGACGGUUUAUUAUAUAAAUUGGUAUUAAUAAAUGUUGCUAGUAAUAAUAAUAAGAAGAAAGUAAUUUAUUUACCUUCAGCCAUGAUCAAUUCUCUCCUGCACUCAUACCAUAAUGAUCCUCUUAGUGGUCAUUUUGGUAUUCAACGAACAUAUUUAAAAAAUUAA